AUGGACAUCUCUUCCGCCGAGUCUGACGCAGUACCACCUCGCUAAUAAAGGACUGCUUUGAUACCAAAUGAAGCCAAACUGAGCCGUGUUCCUGCCAAUAAUAUCGUUGCUUGCAGGCGUACGUUCAGUGGGCGGAAGAGCAGGGAGCGCUCAUACAGGUUAGCAAACUUAUAUAAAGAGAAAGCUUCGUCACUUCUCGAGCAAAAGCCUGUUGAGCACCAGCCGCCAAUUACCUAAACCUGGGAGAGUAGAAAUUUACAUUCAACAAUUAUGCUAGGUAGAGACGUUUACCGAUUAUGUUUCAUGUUGGCAACGGUCUUUCUCUGUACAUUACUCCUAACAGCUAAUGCCCAGUCAGCCGACGAGAACUUGUCCUCAGCACUCCAGGCAGGUGAAGGCGGGAUGAUGGACGUGGGAGGACGAGGGGGAUUACGGGAUGCCGCAUAUGCCUACCGGCAAUUAGCACUUAUACAGGAAGAGGAAGAUACAUUAAUACGCAUGAUGGAUAAUCUAAAAACCAGAAUGGAACAUGUGAAAGUCCGGAAGAGGGGUCAUAUCCAGUGUCUCGUGAAUCUUGUGGCGUGUUACGGGAGGAAGUAAAUUUCGGAAUGGUGCAUGAUUGGACAUGUUGCCCUAUUCAUACAGCCGAUAUUUUUUUAUACAAAACAUUUUAUCAUGCAGUUAGAGCUUUUGAAUCAAGAAGAUAUUACUUUCCAAGUGACAAUGAAACUCCAUUAACUAUCAAACUGAAUUUUCAGUCUAAGUAAGACCAAAUACUGACUUUCUUUGUGAUUAUUUGUUGAUAUAAGACCAAAGGAGUGAUUUCAACCUAGCUUUGUUAUUGAACUAUCCUAAUACGUAUGUACUUUCUCUUAAAGUGUGGGUGUAAUGGUUAUCUUAUCGUAAUGUCAUCACACUACAGAAAAGCCACAUGUCUGCUUCAAGUGUAACAUUGAAUAAAAAUUCAAUUCAUUAUA